AUGAACACUUGCUUUGGCUUCCUGGGUGUCAAUGUCGGCAUGAUUGUCAUUUGCCACCUGCGCGGUUGGCGUGCCAUUCUGAUGCUGGAGGCAAUGGCAUGCGAAUUCUGCCAAUUAGCAAGUGCUAUCGCAGCAACCGUGAGUCCGAGCACCCUACCCACCGUUGAGGUGCCGGCCCGCAAGUUCCAGUCUUACGAGUGCCUUAUUGAAGAGGCCGCGAGACUUGACGCUGGUGAUGCAAUCCAUGCAAAGGCUCCUGUCGAUCAAAGGGGCGAGAAAGAGUGA